GGAGGACUGGGUGACCCUCCUUUGGCGAAUGAUUUCCGGGAAAAUGCCCAGGGUUCCCCUUGGCUUCCCUUCCAUCUAAAGGCCUCCCCCAAGUUAGGAAUCCGGGUGAUAAUAUCGGGGCGGGGAAGUUCACUUCCUCCUCCCUUUCCCCUAACCGCAGCGAUUGGGGGAGACCUCGAGGCGUUCACCUAGGGCUUUUCCUCUAGCCUGCGGGCGGGAACUACCUCCAUAGUUUCCUCUCCGUGCUGGGCGUGGAAAAGGCCAGGCCUGCGAAGGAAACUCGGGGCCUGAAGCCUGGCGGCGACGGCCUGGAGCUGGGAGGGCGAAUGCGCGGCGCGGGGCGGCGGCGCGGGCAAGGGGUUUCCCCACCAUUGCCUCCGGCGCUGAGAGGCGGGGUCCCAAGAACGGGGUCCCUGAGGGAGGAGAACGUCGCCCGACUGCCGCGAUCCCGGUCCUACCCACAGGGACAUCGACUUUUUCCGGAAGGUUGAGCCCUUACAGAAAUACCCCAAUCCCCAUCCCACUCACACCCUGAGCGACCGAGCCUUCUCGGAGUUUCCGUCUGCGGCCGAGCCACCCUGCAGCCGCAAGGAGGCCAGAGUGAAGAGGUACUUUCAAGAUCCUUCCCUCAGACCACACCUAUUUAUAGACUGGACCAAUGCUACUGAAACAUCAUGUGCCCUGUCCAGGGCACUAUGGAUAGAUACCACGAUGAAAGAGACAUGGUCCCUACUAUAGAGGAACCCAUCUUCUAGAAGAGACACCAAACAGUAGAGAAGUGAUGAGGAUGCAGUAUGAUGUGUGCAGUAAUUAAGACAUAUCGAGACACAAAAAGAGAGGCGACUCCUGGUCCAGAGCGGGAGACCCACCCACACCAUGACUGAGACCACCAAAACCCACGUUAUUUUGCUUGCCUGCGGCAGCUUUAAUCCCAUCACCAAAGGGCACAUUCAGAUGUUCGAAAGAGCCAGAGAUUAUCUGCACAAAAGUGGAAGAUUCAUUGUGAUUGGCGGAAUUGUCUCUCCUGUCCAUGACUCCUACGGAAAACAGGGCCUAGUGUCCAGCCGGCACCGUCUCGUCAUGUGUCAGUUGGCUGUGCAGAAUUCCGACUGGAUCAGGGUGGACCCGUGGGAGUGCUACCAGGACACCUGGCAGACGACCUGCAGCGUGUUGGAGCACCACCGGGACCUCAUGAAGCGGGUGACUGGUUGUAUCCUCUCCAAUGUCAACACACCCUCCAUGACGCCUGUGAUUGGACAGCCCCAAAAUGAGACGCCCCAACCCGUUUACCAGAACAGCAACGUGCCCACCAAGCCUACUGCAGCCAAGAUCUUGGGAAAGGUGGGAGAAAGCCUAAGCCGGAUCUGCUGUGUCCGCCCGCCCGUGGAGCGCUUCACCUUCGUGGAUGAGAAUGCCAAUCUGGGCACUGUGAUGCGGUACGAGGAGAUUGAGCUGCGGAUCUUGCUGCUGUGUGGCAGUGACCUGCUGGAGUCCUUCUGCAUCCCAGGGCUCUGGAACGAGGCAGAUAUGGAGGUGAUCGUGGGGGAUUUUGGGAUUGUGGUGGUGCCCCGGGACGCAGCUGACACAGACCAAAUCAUGAAUCACUCCUCAAUACUCCGCAAAUACAAAAACAACAUCAUGGUGGUGAAGGAUGACAUCAACCAUCCCAUGUCUGUUGUCAGCUCAACUAAGAGCAGGCUGGCCCUGCAACACGGGGAUGGCCACGUCGUGGAUUACCUGUCCCAGCCCGUAAUCGACUACAUUCUCAAGAGCCAGCUGUACAUCAAUGCCUCCGGCUAGCAGCUACACAGCCCUCUGUUCCACUCUCCCCUCGUCCUCCACCAACACGCUGGCCCCUCGCGUCUCUGUCAGUCCCCGUUUCUCUCCUGCCUCUCUGUUUCUCCAUCUCCUCACCUUGACUGUUCUCCCCACUUGCUGACUCACUGCCCCACAGUGUGGGGGACCUGCAGACCACCACGGCAUACCCUAUUCCACAGUCAUCUUUGGACAAACCUUCCCCUAGUCUCUAGGUUGAGGGUGGGUCGGGGAACAGGGUGGGCGCUGGGGGAAGAGCAGCCCUGGGCCAUGUGCUGGUGUCUGUCCCCCAGCAUGCUCUAGAGAGCGGCUCUGGUGCCCGUCCUCCCAGCAUGCUCUGGGGAGGCAGCUCUGGCUCUCGCCUUCUCAGCAUGCCCUUUACCACAAAGGGCUACUUUUCUUUAUUUCUUUUGUGUUUUGUUUCAUGUUUUUGUUGUUGUUCACUCCUCAGAGAACUUGGAUGAAAUCAGUGUCCUUGGUUCUUUAUGUCUUUAGUCUUGAUGCAAUCCUGUGGUAUUUCUUCUCUCUCAAUAGGAUGCCAUAGCAGCCUCAGCACUCAGAAAGUGUGCGAGGGCCACACCCACUGAAGAAGGCCCAGCCACAUCCACUUUCCUGAGGCCCCCCACCAUCUACCCACACACAGCAGCAGUCUGGGGUCAGGACUGAGAUUUUAAGGUUCUGAAACCUAGUAGGAUUUCUCAGAAGAAUCUCAGCUCAUUUCUUUAGUUUCAGGAGACCAUUUCCUAAUGCCCAGGGACUGUGAUCACCCAGAACCAGUCCAUCUGCAUAUCCUGGUGGCGUCUGGACAGUGACUUAUUUGGGUUAUGACAGAUGGCUGACUGUGGGUUCCCUGACAGCCCAGGCAUUCCCAAGGAGCCUUCAGAGCACCAUCUAAGCCCUUGGAGGCCAUACUUAGCACAUCCCUGUGUCCAAGAAGAACCACAGAGGCAGGCCAAUUCCUAAUAGGCAGUCACUUCUGAAAUAAAACAUGCUAGGGAUCCACUCAACCCUACAGAUCUUUGCUAACUGGAAUUAUUUAUUGCCUGUUCGGUUGGGAAAUGUAUGUCAUGAUGUUAAGACCAGGAUGACCUAGGACAAAGCAAUUUAUUGCCCUGUUGGGAUGAUUCUCACCCACUCCAGCUGCGGGAUCGCGGGUGGGGCCUGAGGCCAGUUUCUCCCUGACAAGCAGUGCCUUGGCCUUGUUUCUGGGGCUGGUCAUGUCCCCUGCAGAGCCCAGAAAUCACAGCAUGGUCUGAGGAAAUCUGCCCGGCAGGGGACUGGGUUCCCGGAGCAGACAUCAUGGAGGGAAAGGCAUCAAGAGCCACUAAACCGUUUCAUCCAUUUUCUCCCUAAUGUCCCACCUUCGUCUGCUGCCCCUGCAAACAGUUCAGACAGACUGUUCUAGUUGUCAGGCCUCAUUCGUGUUCUUCUUAAGAACCAAAAGGAAAUGAUUCUCUCACAAUCAGUGUCUCUCAUCCAGGCUCUCUGGCUCUUGGGUUUUGGCCUCUCUUUGGGGAGUGGUCCCUGAGCAGCAGGGGAGCUUAACCAAAGUCUCCUGCCAGCUGUGGCCCGGGGGUGCUGGGUGAGAUCUGACACCAGGGAUGCCAUUCUUCACCAUGCCUUUCACAUCAACGUCCUUCAAUAGCCUCAGGAAAAGGAAUUGGAUUCAACAGAAGAACAUGGCAAAGUAGCUUCCAGGAGGGUGUUAUUUCUCUUGGGUUAUGGAAAUAAUCUCCAGAGUAGGGAAGGAAGAUCCUAUUCUUGGGUCUCAGUGUUUGUCUAAGGAUCAUGGAAUCAUAAAUGAAAAAAACUUUAGAGAUUAAUUGAUCCAACACCCUCUUUUAUGAGGGAGCGGAGAUCCACUGGGUUAAAUGGCUGGUCCAAGGUCACAGAGCAAGUGUAGAACCUGGCAAAAUGACAUUUUUCCCUUGGCCAUUAGGUCAUCCCACCACAUGGCCCCUCUGGUUCCUCAUGAUGCCAGCCAGGAAACAUGUGGUUUCUACUUUUCUCAGCCUUUACCCGGCAUUUUUGUCUUAAAUUAUGUCUGACCCAGGCUUUGCAUGUGCAAUGCUGGGGGAGGAUGGGCUGGUGAGGAAGGCUGUAGCUAGGUAACCCUUAGAAAUCAAGAGAUCUUAAUAGCUUGGACAAUACACCCAGAAAGUGAACCUCUGAAUCCAAGAAAGAAGUGCUUUGUAAAAGACAAAGAAAGAUCCAGAAUGCUCAAGGUGACACCAGUGCUGGAGAAAGACGGAGAAAGACUUUGUCCAGGCACAACAGUUGUAAGGCAGGAAAUGAAACAAAGGAAAACGGGGCGUUGGAUUCUCUGGGGGAACGAUGGCAUUUUCAAGGAUAUGGAGUUUAUGGAUAGAGGUUAGUAUGAGGAUCCACACAAGCAGAAAGACCAGAUGUCUUUUGUGUCUCUGGUCCAUUUUGUUACUCUGCUGGACUCUGGGGUCAAGCCCAAUUUUGGUCCCCAACCCAUGAGAAGGAAGUGAGCUUGCUCCCGUACUCAUUGUGGGGCUAGGAAACACGUGGGAGGGGAAAGUGAGAUAAAGCUAAGGAAAAGAAGGACAACAAAGUCUAUGUCAAGACACAAAAAGGGACAGAUCCCGGUAGAGUGCUUUACAAUUCACUUUCCUUUAAUACAAGGAAGAGUGAAUCCCCUUUGGGUAGAAUUGUCUAUUCCCUACCCUGCCCCAUUCUGCUUUUGCUAAGGGGGAGGUCAGAGCCCCUCUCACAGUCCAGGGCAGGACACUGGGGCUGUGACCCUGUUAAGGCCAAACAAGAAAGAUGAUUCAGACUUUGAAGCUGUGCCCCAAGUACCAACAGGAUGACCUCUAGGCCCUGAUUUUCCCUCUGGGGUCCUGCUCCUUUCUACAGAGGUCAACCGAAGGCUAGCUUGACUCAGAGAUCGUGAGAAAGGCAUGGACUGGAAUGAUCUCAAGAAGGGCCUGAGUCUCAUUUCCUGC